GACGUUUAUAGGAACACAAAAGAGUAGAAGACAAGUUCUUGGAGUCUUUCCGACCCUGCAUUAACACUCCCCUUUGUCAAAAACUUUUCCUUUGGGACACUCCCUCUUCUCGCUCUUUAUUACCACUCCAUAUUCCCUCUGUCCUUUUCGGAUUUCAAUCUCCCAGUUUUCUUUAACCCGUACUUCCUCACUCUCUGUUAACCCUAUAAUUUUUGCCAUUUUUCCUCGUUUCCAAUUAUUGGGAUCUCGUCUUCAGGUUCUUUUCCCCCUUAUUUGCCUCUAAUCUGAAUUGGAGGCAAUGUCGCAGGGCUAUGCAAUUGAGCUUUACUUUGAUCCUGCACUUGAGAACCAGGUCUUGAAGGCCUGGAAUGUGUUGGCUAGACGACAGAUCAGCACUCAGCUUAUUGAAAUCGAAUCUAGACCGCACAUUACCCUGUUCUCGAGCACUUUCUGUGAUCCCUUGAAGCUGGAGACCAUAGUGAAAAAUUUCGCAUCAAAGCAAGAACCUUUGCCCCUGUCAUUUGCUUCAAUCGGGAGCCUCUCGAGUGACAACAAUGUUCUCUUUCUCGCCCCCACCCCGACCUUGUCUCUCCUCCAGUUUCAUUCGCAGUUGUUUGAUUCGAUGAGAAAGGAAGGGCUUGAAAUCGGGGAGGAGUAUCGCCCCGACAUGUGGCUUCCCUAUUGCCCGGUAGCUGAAGAAGUGCCCAAGACUCGUAUGGCCGAGGCUUUUACUGUAUUAAGGGACUUGAAAUUGCCUGUUUCUGGCUAUGCGAUGGAUAUUGCUCUCGUCGAGUAUCCUCCAGUUCGUGAAGUGUUCUCGUUUGCACUUGGUAAUACAGUUGAACCGUGAUGUUUCGAAAUGUGUAGAUCUGUUUUACACUUUGGUGUCAGUUAUAUAACUGUUCCUCUAGAAACUAAGUGUAGAGUGUAACUGUGUUGCUAUAGUUGCCAAAUUAGGCCUUGUUUCACUUCAACAUUUAUGUCAUUUUACAUUUUAGUUUUGUUUUACCCCCUUUUCUAUCAUAUGAUCAUUGCUCAUAUUGGAUAUCUAAGUUGGGUUGGGAGUAUAAUAGGAUUCAUAUCCUCUUUAUAAUUUA